GAUCUCACCACACAAUUCUCCAUCCACCGAACCCCACCACUGACCCCUCCCAACACACCAACACAUAUCCCUCCAUUCCAUACACUCAACCUUGCUCUACACUUCCUCCAUUUCCCUUUCACCCAAAUCCCCAUAAACCAGCCAUGGCUAACCGCACCACCCACCGGCGCAUUUUAGCAACACCACAACCAGAACCAGAACCACCAAGGCUGCGGCAGACCAAACCCUCCACUCCUUUAGAUCCCACCAAACCCUGUUCAAGGCUAAACCCAAGUCACAAAACCCAUACAACACAAAGACCCAGCAGCCAAAAUCCACUCCCAACUGUUAUGCACACCACCAGUGUUGAAAAACAGAGUAAAGAGAAGCUGCCCAAGAAGCCCAAUAGAGAAGUGAAAGCUGAGGAGGUGGUGGUGAAGAUGGAACUGAUGGGUCUCAAAGAAGAAAAGCAGGAAGAUGAGUAUGAAAGUAGGAGACUUUCUACUUCUUCUUCUUCUUCAAAGUCUUUGGGAGGAAGAGGAAGGAGGAGUUCCUUUAGUGGGCCACCACAGGCUGAGAUGAAUAGGUUGGCAGAUGUGUUUGCAAGCAAUGGUGUCAAAGUGGUUUCAGUUGAUAUGCCUCCAUUUAUGCAGAUCCAUGCUGUGGAAUGUGCAAGGAAAACUUGUGAUAGCUUAGAAAAAUUCACCUCCAAGACUCUAGCUUUGACUCUGAAAAAGGAAUUUGAUGGGGUAUAUGGACCAGCUUGGCACUGCAUUGUAGGAACAAGUUUUGGGUCCUUUGUGACACACUCAGUAAGUGGCUUUAUGUAUUUCUCAAUGGAUCAAAAGUUGUACAUCCUCUUGUUUAAGACCACAGUACAAAGAGCAGACUGAAAGUUUUCAAUCAUUUUUAGCAUAGGAGGAAGAAGAAGAAGAUCUGGAAAUGCUUUAAAAAUAAGUUGUAAUUCUUUCCAGCUUGUACAGUGCUUAUGGAGCAGGGAAAAAGCUUAAAACUUGACCCUGCAUAAGUGUGUUAAGGACAUCAAUAUGGUUGAAGUUGUGGGGCUUGGUAAAUGUCUGAUUCAAAAAUCCCUACUGCUAGUUCUGUAAGCCCAUAUGC